AUGGAUGAUAGUUUGUACGAUGAGUUUGGGAACUAUAUUGGCCCAGAAAUUGAGUCUGACCAGGAGAGUGAGGAGGCUGAAGAAGAUGAGGAACUCCCUGAUAGAGCUGAAGAUGAGGCUGGAUCUGAUGAAGAGCACAGACCUGGAGCUUCAAAUGGCUGGCUUACUACCACCGAUGACGUUGAUAUGGACAACCAGGUAGUUCUUGCAGAGGACAAAAAGUACUAUCCAACAGCUGAAGAGGUUUAUGGUGAAGAAGUUGAGACAUUGGUCAUGGAUGAGGAUGAGCUGCCUCUUGAACAGCCAAUCAUAAAACCUGUUAAGAAUUUGAAGUUUGAAUUGGGUGUCAAGGACUCCUCAACAUAUGUUUCCACUCAAUUUCUCUUGGGUUUGAUGUCAAAUCCCGCUCUUGUUCGGAACGUGGCAUUGGUGGGCCACUUGCAUCAUGGUAAAACUUUGUUUAUGGACAUGCUGGUUGAGCAGACUCACCAUAGCUCAACUUUUGACCAGAAAAGUGAGAAGCACAUCAGGUACACAGAUACCAGGAUUGAUGAGCAGGAGAGAAGAAUAUCUAUCAAGGCGAUGCCCAUGUCGUUGGUGCUCGAGGAUAGUAAUUCAAAAUCUUACCUUUGUAACAUCAUGGACACUCCUGGUCAUGUUAAUUUCUCUGAUGAAAUGACUGCGGCUCUGAGGCUUGCUGAUGGUGCAGUGCUGAUUGUAGAUGCUGCUGAUGGUGUCAUGGUUAAUACGGAGAGGGCAAUACGACAUGCAACUCAAGAGAGGCUGCCUAUAGUAUUAGUGAUAAACAAGGUUGAUAGAUUGAUUACCGAACUCAAGUUGCCUCCAAAAGAUGCUUACCAUAAGCUAAGGCAUUUAAUUGAAACUGUAAAUACCCACAUCGCUGCUGCCUCCUCAACUGCUGGGAAUGUCCAAGUCAUGGAUCCUGCUCUUGGCAACGUAUGCUUUGCAAGUGCAAAUGCCGGAUGGUCCUUUACCCUACAAUCAUUUGCAAAGCUAUAUGUCAAACUCCAUGGGAUUCCCUUUGACGCAGACAAGUUUGCCUCUCGUCUCUGGGGAGACUCUUACUUUGAUCAAGAUUCCAGAACGUUUAAGAGGAAACAGCCUGCCAGUGGAGCUGAAAGGUCUUUUGUCCAAUUUAUCCUUGAACCUCUGUACAAGAUAUAUAGCCAAGUUAUUGGAGAACACAAGAAGAGUGUGGAGGCCACUCUUGCUGAACUUGGUGUAACAUUGAGUAAUGCUGCUUACAAAUUAAAUGUCCGUCCUCUUCUGAGGCUGGCAUGUAGCUCAGUUUUUGGUACUGCAACGGGCUUUACGGAUAUGCUGGUUCACCAUAUUCCUUCUGCUAAAGAUGCUGCUGCCAAGAAGGUAGAACACAUAUAUACUGGGCCUAAAGAAUCAAACUUAUACCAGGCCAUGGCAAAUUGUGAUCCGAAUGGUCCCUUAAUGGUCAAUGUGACCAAGCUUUAUCCUAAAGCUGAUUGUAGUGUUUUUGAUGCUUUUGGCCGUGUGUACAGUGGUAAAAUAAUGACUGGUCAGACUUUACGUGUUAUGGGAGAAGGGUAUUCUCCGGAUGAUGAAGAGGAUAUGACUGUUAAAGAAGUUACAAAACUUUGGGUUUAUCAAGCUCGUUACAGGAUACCCAUUAGUGAGGCCCCUCCCGGUUCUUGGGUGCUUAUUGAGGGUGUGGAUGCAUCCAUAAUGAAGACUGCUACGCUCUGUAACCAAGAUUACAGUGAAGAUGUGUAUAUAUUUCGGCCUCUCCAAUUUAAUACCCUCCCCGUGGUGAAAACAGCAACCGAGCCACUGAAUCCAAGUGAGCUACCUAAAAUGGUUGAUGGUCUUAGAAAGAUUUCCAAGAGUUAUCCUUUGGCUAUCACAAAAGUGGAAGAAUCAGGGGAACACACGAUUCUUGGUACUGGAGAACUGUACCUCGAUUCAAUUAUGAAAGACUUGAGGGAACUCUACUCUGAGGUUGAAGUGAAGGUUGCAGAUCCUGUAGUAUCAUUCUGUGAAACUGUGGUGGAGUCAUCUUCAAUGAAAUGUUUUGCUGAAACACCAAACAAGAAAAAUAAAAUUACCAUGAUUGCUGAGCCACUUGAGAGAGGACUGGCAGAGGAUAUUGAAAAUGGUGUUGUAAGCAUUGAUUGGCCUAGAAAGAAACUUGGAGAUUUCUUCCAGACAAAAUAUGAUUGGGACUUGCUAGCGGCUAGGUCAAUAUGGGCUUUCGGUCCAGAUAAACAGGGUCCUAAUAUUUUGUUGGAUGACACACUCUCAACCGAAGUGGACAAGGGUUUACUGAAUGCUGUGAAAGACUCUAUUGUUCAAGGGUUUCAGUGGGGUGCAAGAGAAGGUCCACUUUGUGAUGAACCCAUCCGAAACGUUAAAUUCAAAAUAGUUGAUGCAAAGAUUGCCCCUGAGCCAUUGAAUCGUGGAACUGGUCAGAUAAUUCCGACAGCCCGUCGUGUGGCCUACUCAUCUUUCCUGAUGGCAACUCCGAGGCUUAUGGAACCUGUUUAUUAUGUGGAGAUUCAAACUCCAAUAGACUGUGUAUCUGCUAUAUACACAGUCUUAUCACGCCGCCGUGGGCAUGUAACAGCAGAUGUUCCUCAACCAGGGACCCCAGCUUAUAUUGUAAAGGCGUUUCUACCAGUGAUCGAAUCAUUUGGAUUUGAGACAGACUUGAGGUACCACACUCAAGGGCAGGCAUUCUGCGUAUCUGUGUUUGAUCACUGGGCCAUUGUCCCUGGGGAUCCUCUUGACAAGAGCAUAGUUCUGAGGCCUCUCGAACCUGCACCCAUUCAGCAUUUGGCUCGAGAGUUCAUGGUGAAGACACGGCGUAGAAAGGGAAUGAGCGAAGAUGUCAGCAUCAACAAGUUUUUCGAUGAGGCUAUGGUGGUGGAGCUUGCUCAACAGGCUGCCGAUCUUCAUCUACAAAUGAUAUGA